GAACUAUAUUAGGAUACGUUAGGAAUCCAGAUUCCUCUCGAGAAGCUGCUAAAGAAAUCAACAAGACCAAAUACCAAAGCUGGUUUCUCCUCUUCUAUGCACCUGUCUUCCUAAGGAAAUAUCUUGAACUUCAUUUUGUGUUUUAUAUUUCUCCUGAUUUAAAUAAAGCAAAGCCCUUGAGACCUGAUGCCUGCAUGACAAAAUGUUCUCCAGCUUUGAGCUCACCCGAACUCCGAAACAUGGGCUUGAUUUCAUCCAAGACCCAUAGGAAGGUCACCAAAGUGACGCCAAUGCCGUGCAAAGAAAGAGAACCAAAACAGCCUAGUAGUGUGACUGUUUAUUCCUUCCAGACCUUGCCAAGCUCAUUUGUUUCCUCAUCAGGGAGAAAUCCAGUUCUGGAAAGACAACUUCCACCUUUGAGAGAGACAUGCUACGGAAGAUAUCCCACAGUGCCCAGGCCAAAUCUGUUAGACCCCACUCAAGGAGGAGGAGGAGGAGGAGGAGGUGGAGGUUGUAGUGGUGGUGAAGGAGGAGGAGGAGGAGAAGGAAGCAUCAUCAAGCAACAUCCACCUCGAAGGCUUCAGAAAUUGGAGCCAUUUAUUCUUGCAGACAACAUCCCUGCAACCAAAUACCCGAAUCUGCAAGGUGGGACAGUGAUGCAGAAGGAAAAGGAAGUAGAGAGAGGAGAGCACAUUACUAGGCAUCCCGCUGGAAGAAGGCAGUAUUUACUACAGAUGAAGAUGCUUGAAAUCAGAAAAGAGGCAGAACUAAAAAAGCGUUUGCAACAGGAGGCUAGACUUAAUAAGCCCAAAAGGAGGGAUCUUCAUGUGCUGGGCACUCUUGAGCAUAUGCGGGAAACUCAAAGCUCUGAUGAUGAAGACCGACACUCUACUGAGCAUGAACAAACAUUUAAUGGAAGCCAUGGAGAUUUGUGGCACAGAGAAUUUCUUAAAGAAUCUGAGUCACCUAAAUCCCAUUUGGACAAAGUGGAGACAUGGCUGUUGAAGCAACAAGCAACAACAGAGUCGUCUUCAGAUGCUUCCAGCACUGACACCAAUAACUGGAGCGAUUGCAACGACAACUUUAGGAAACCUUAUCGAAGGCCUGCUUUAGUGAGAACAAAGACAGAAAGGAUUACCCUUUUUGAUGAUUUCUUUGAUAAAGAACUUUAAAUUAUGUAAAUCAUGUAUAAAACAGCCUUUUAGAGAAGGUAUUCUGACAUUAUUCUCCCCUUCCAUUUGUAAAUCUCCUAUUAUCUAUCUAUCUAUCUAUCUAUCUAUCUAUCUAUCUAUCUAUCUAUCUAUCUAUCUAUC